UUAAGUCUUUUUUAACAUACAAGUCGAUCGCCUAACUGUACCUUUUUGGUCAUUAUGGCGUCCUUCAACCUCACUACCCAAUGUCCUCGGACAGCCCAGUCUACUGAACCCAAGUCUCGCGAGUGCUCCUGCAUUUACUAUUCGUGCUUCCUCCUCCACUGAAUCAAGUCAACCAACCGAUAACUAAGAAACCAGCAAUGUCGCGUUUCACCACUGCUGCCAACAUGGCCAACACAGCCCCGAUUACCAGCACCGCCACCACCAUCACCAACAAGAAGUCUGACACUAUGGACAAGCUCUUUGCAAUUGUCAACAACGCUUCGGCGCAGGCAGCGCCGGUCGUCCAGCACGACGACAACAACCCGUACAUCAUGCCGUCCUUUGCCGACAACUACGAGGCUUGGGCGUACCCCGAGCACCAGCAGGCCGUCUUUGACGACUGGAUCAGCACCGCGACGCCGCCGCCCACUGUGGCCACGUCGCCGGCCAUGCCCAACCAGGCCCCGAUGAUCUCGCCUGCAGUGACCUUCUCGGGCUCGCCCUCGAUCGACGGCUCCACCAACAACUCGCCGCUGCUGGCCAACGACCUCGCCCUGAGCCUGGCCAGCUCGCUGCAGAAGAGCGCCAGCGCUACGUCUCUCGUCUCGUUCCUGCCGCAGCAGCAGCAGCAGCAGGCCGUGUCGCAGCCGCUCACCGUUGCUGAUUACGCCGCCGCGCUGUUCCCGGAUCUGGCUGCGACGAUCUCUGGUGCCCUCACCAGCACCGUGUCGGAGCCGUGCAGUGUUGUGCAGACCCCUGCGGUCAUGUCGCCGCCCACCGAGGCGCCGCUGAACUGGUCAACCGUCGACUUUGCCGGUCUGUUUGACGCGAAGCCCGCCAUGAUCGCCCAGAACCCGGUGGCCGAGGUCCAGAACCCCGAGCCGGCCGUUGCCAGGGCCGACGCUGGCGCCUCGUCGAUCGUCCUGUCGGUCGCUACCGCCGAUCCCCAGGUCGACCAGUCGCGCAAGCGUCGUGACACAGAGUUCCUGGCGUCGCUGCCGCCCCAGCUGGCCCUCAAGCGCCGUCGCACGUCGAACAUGAAGCAGAAGGAGAAGAUCCUCGCUGAGCUGCUGUCGACCGACGCGCCCAAGGCUGCUGAUGUCGUGGCUGAGCCUGUGGCCAAGAAGGCCAAGAAGAGCCCGAAGAAGGACUCGUCUGAGGAGCCCGAAGAGGAUGGCAGCGGCCUCGAUGCCGCCGCCCUGAAGCGCAAGAAGAACACUGACGCUGCGCGCCGCUCGCGCAUGCGCAAGAUUCUGCGCAUCGAGACCCUGGAGGGCCGUGUCUCGGAGCUCGAGAACGAGAACGAGUCGCUGGCCAAGAAGGUCGCUGAGAUGGAGAAGGCGCGCGAGCUCGCCGAGCAGAACGCGAGGGAAAUGGCCCUGCGCCUGAAGCAGUACGAGUCGCAGCUUUCGUCUGCCUGCUCGUCGCCGUUUGGGCUCUGAAGAGCUGCCUCUUGCAUUGUAGCUACCCCUCGCUUCGCGCUGUCUAUAUCCUCCCCCUCAUUUCCCCUUUCCACUCUUUCUAAUUUUUCACUAUUUCUUUCUGCCUAUGGAUCGUCUGCCGUAUCCAAGCUGUUCCUCGUGCUGGAGGAACCUGGAGCCGGCGAGGUCGUCCUUUUUCUAAAUAUAUCUGAACACAACCAACCUGAA